GGCGGCGGCGACGACGACGACGCGUCCGAGCUGGACCGAGUCUCCUGCCAUCCCGAGCAGGCCUGGUAUGGGUGAUGUGGUGAAGGAAGGCUCGAUGCGCUUGCGGGAGGAUGCUGAGGCUGUCCUGCCCUCCACCGUGUCUGCAAAGAGCGACCACAGACAAGUGCUCAGCUCCCUCCUGUCCGGGGCCCUGGCCGGCGCUCUUGCUAAAACAGCGGUAGCUCCCCUGGACCGAACCAAAAUCAUCUUCCAAGUGUCUUCAAAAAGAUUUUCUGCCAAGGAGGCAUUCCGACUCCUUUACUUCACCUACCUCAACGAGGGCUUCUUAAGCCUGUGGCGCGGGAACUCGGCCACCAUGGUGCGCGUGGUGCCCUACGCCGCCAUCCAGUUCAGCGCCCACGAGGAGUACAAGCGCAUCCUGGGUGCCUACUACGGUUUCCGCGGAGAGGCCCUGCCCCCUUGGCCUCGCCUCCUCGCCGGUGCACUGGCUGGAACGACAGCCGCAUCGCUGACCUACCCCUUGGACCUGGUCAGAGCACGGAUGGCCGUGACGCCGAAGGAGAUGUACAGCAACAUCUUUCACGUUUUCAUCCGCAUCUCCCGAGAAGAGGGGCUGAAGACCCUCUACCACGGAUUUACGCCUACUGUGCUAGGGGUCAUUCCCUACGCUGGGCUCAGCUUCUUCACCUAUGAGACCCUCAAGAGCCUGCACAGAGAGUACAGCGGCCACCGGCAGCCCUACCCAUUCGAGCGCAUGAUCUUCGGGGCCUGCGCUGGCCUCAUCGGGCAGUCGGCCUCGUACCCGCUGGACGUGGUGCGGCGGCGCAUGCAGACGGCCGGCGUCACGGGCCACCCGCACGCCUCCAUCAUGUGCACGCUGCGCACCAUCGUGCGGGAGGAGGGCGCGGUGCGCGGCCUCUACAAGGGCCUGAGCAUGAACUGGCUCAAGGGCCCCAUCGCCGUGGGCAUCAGCUUCACCACCUUCGACCUCAUGCAGAUCCUGCUGCGGCACCUACAGAGCUAGGGCCCCUGCGGGUCAGCUGCCCCAGGAUGGUGGACCGGUGACGCCUUUGGUUUUCUGAGCCCAUGGAACGAGGGUGCGUAUGGUUCGACCCCGGGAGCCACGUCGGAGCGCUUUGUGAAGCAAGCAGGCAGGCCUGGGGGCCAGGGCUCGGAGCCCGCAGGUCUGAGGGUAACGCGGGCAGCGCUUGAAGUGCGUAGUUGGAACCAGUGGCCGGGGGCUCCCGAGGCUCUCCUCUUCCCUCCUCCCCAGGGGCUAGCGCUGUCUCCUGGAGGUGUUGCCCAAAAGGCCCCGAGUCAGGAGUGGUCGCCUCUGCCUCCUGGCGCUGUGUGUCCUCGGAUAUGCUGCUGAUUCUAGUGACCCCAUCCCCACUCGGCUUAGAGCCAGACUCCAGCUGUCCAUUGUUCUGACUGUGUCGUGCCUGGCUCCGGACCCUAUCCAGGAUGGGAGGAGCCUCAAGCUCAGCUUCGGCUAAAAACGCAGCCCUCGCCCUCCCCACCCUGCCUGUCCUGCCUUCUCCGUAAUUUCCUAGGUGAUCGCUCCUCUGUCACCAGAGCCUCCUGCUCAGGAAGAGCCUUCUUCCGAGAGCAUCACCCCCAUCCCAUACUCCGAGAUCAGUGUGGGGGCCCCAGGAGCGGGUCUUCCCCUCUGUCGCCCACCCACCUGGUUUGCAACCUUCCCAGGAGGGUCACGCUGCCUCCGCGAAGCAGGGUUUGAAGCACAGACCAUGACACCGAACUGCCUCCGGUUUGGGUCUGACUCCCCAACCCUGGGCAUCUGCUGAAAACUGAGUGCCCAGGCCAUCUCCUCUAGCCUGAAAGCUCCUGCCCUGCAGGCCACUGAUCCUCUGCCCACUGUGGGCUCCGAUGAAUCCCUGGCUCCCAUCUGAGCUGGUACUUGGUCGGGAAAUGGAGCAAGAGGCUGUUUGAUUUCCCUGAGCAGAGCACACAGAGGUGGUCGGUGGCCUUGACCUCCCAGAGUGGGAGCCCCCAGACAGUGAACAGCCUGGGGGUGGGAUACAUGGAGGAGUCAAGGUAGCCCGGGGAACCUGCAGCCAGCUGGUCUCUUGGAGAAGUCCCCUAGGGCCACCAGGUACCACAGGGACUCAGAAACACCUGCUUUCUAAUGACAUUGGGCUUUCUUGAGUUUUUGGUUUUAUUUUCCAGCUUGUUUGUUUUCAACCCUGCGUCUGUCCACAUCAAUCCCCUAAUGGGUCCAGUCUGGUUCCAGGACCAGGGUGGCCAUGAGAGCUGGUUUUUGUAGCUGGCUCAGCAGCCACAUCGCAUGAACGGACCUGAUCAGGCGUACAUGCCCCAAUUGCUUUAACAGUCCUGACUUCAUUCCUUCCCUUGGUCCUGCCCUCUUUCUGUUCCUGCCUUGGACCUGUGGCCUUCCUGAGCUUGUCCCCCAGAGCCCAGGCAGCCUGCAAUGGCUGUGAGGGGCUGUCCUGUUGGCUGAGCAUCCCAUCCCCUCUCCCAACCCUGCCCAGCACCUGGGAGAGACUCCACAGGGAGACUCCAGGUGAGCAAGGGCAGCAGGGGAUUGGGGGGGUCCACCCCAAACGGAUGGUUGGGGAGCUCCCUUCUUUGAGCCACAGGCUGGGCAGGAGAAGCAAGGGGCCAAAGGGUCCCCCAGGUCCUGCUGGGCCCAGUAAAGCAGCUCCCGGCCCCACCUCCACCUCUGCACACAGCUGACCUUGGGCGUCUGUGGUCACCCCUCUCCCCGCCGCCCGCUGGUGGCUGGUCCUGGUCUGGAGUUAUAUUUUGAUGCCAUGAAGACACUUUGUUUAUAUAUGAUGUUUAUAUAUUUUAAAGAUUUGUGCCAAGAGAGUAUAUUUAAUAAAAAUUUAAAUUACUU